AAAGAGGGGGAGAGGUAGAGAGACGCACGUAUAAAUAGGGAGAGAGAGGGGGAGAGGGAGGGAGACAGUCCGGGAUUUCGUUGUAAUCAUGUUCGGAGAGUAUUGAUUUCGUGCGCGCGCUCCAAUUGGCAGCAUCUCUACUAUACAGCGCCGGCGCGUCAUCCUCGGCUCCCAUCGAAAAGAGCGAGUUGUAGGCAAAUGACAGCAUGUGCGGCAUCUGAGAGAGUGAGAAAGGCGAGGAGGUGACAGGAGGGACCAACAGGACGCGUGAGAACACGCACACUUAAAAAAAAUCCUUCUGACAACUGGAUACGACAUUUGAACGCCGUUUUUUUUCUUUCUUUUUCUAAUCAUUUUUUCUAUCCAGACAGGGAAAUGAUCGAUUCGUCACAAGCGCACGCCUCUCCGUGAUAAUUGCAGACAGUUGGGUGCUGUUCAGGCUGAAUGGACUUGAAUGUGUCGCUGCCAGCCUAAUCCAGGCAGACUGGAAGAUUUAAUAAUUCACGUCCUGUGGAGGAUUUAUCGACGGCUGCUUGGCUCCUUAUCUGAAAUAUCAUCUGUUGCUGCAAGUGGAUAGAACCCCCCCCCCCCCUCCUAUGACUGACUCAGACACGUUUGAGAUUUAGUGCGUAAAGGUGAUAUGGACUGUUAAUUAAACCGGAUUUUAUUUUUUAUGAAAUUCACCUGUAGUCAAAAAUGGACAAGAAUUUGUUAUUACUUUUAUUACUUCUAUCUCUUCAUGCAAGGCAGUGAUUUUCUUGGAUUCAUGAUGAUUGUUUUACUCCCUUGAAACGGCACAGAUUCUGACUUAAAAAGGCAUAUUUCAAGGAUUUUUUUACGACAAGAGGAGACGAAGGCAGUUUCUCUUCUUGCCUUUCCUUUUGAUUUAUUCCAUUUCCGACUAAAUGUUGAUGAUGGAGGACGAAGAAUUAGACGCUCAUCAGGUUGACUCGGAUUUUGAGCCGCAAAGCCGGCCUCGCUCCUGCACCUGGCCGCUGCCUUGCCUGGAGGAUUUCCCCACUGGACACGAGGUGAGCGGAGGACUUCAGCUGGCCAACAUCAAGGUGGAACCGGAAGACGUGCCGGCGUGCAGAGCCGGGCUCGUUGGCGGAACGCCCGGAGAACUGAAGCAUCCAGCCGGCGCACCGGCACCCACAGGCGGGACGCACCCAUGCCUGGCUGGCGCGGCGCUCGACGUGACCGGAUCCUUGCGCAAAGCCAAAUCCUCGCGGCGGAACGCGUGGGGGAACCAAUCCUACGCGGAUCUCAUUACGCGCGCCAUUGAGAGCACUCCAGAAAAAAGGCUGACGCUGUCACAGAUAUAUGACUGGAUGGUCCGUUAUGUGCCCUAUUUCAAGGAUAAGGGUGACAGCAACAGUUCAGCUGGCUGGAAGUCAGAUAAGCAGCAUCUUUUCUCAAAUCCUUACAAGCGGUCGGAGAACAGCCGAGCCGACGUCCAGACGUGUGGCAGGGAGGUGCCAGGAGGGCAGCAGAGGGGGUCAAAGCUGCAUCUGUGUGACAGGAUAAAGAACUCCAUUCGGCACAACCUCUCCCUUCACACCCGUUUUAUCCGGGUACAGAAUGAAGGAACAGGAAAAAGUUCAUGGUGGAUGCUGAACCCGGAUGGAGGGAAGAUGGGCAAGGCCCCAAGGAGACGAGCAGUCUCUAUGGAUAACAGCACUAAAUACCUAAAAAGCAAAGGUCGCAUCAGAGGCAAAAGAGUAGGUCGCCCUGGGGUUGGUGCAGGAAAUUCUGUUGUGGGGCUCCAAAGUUCCCCAGACCAUGGCAGCCCAUCACUGAAAAGCCUUUCAGGAGCUGGAGGCACAUCUGGAACAGAUGGAGAGUUUGAUGCUUGGACAGACCUACAUUCCAGGGCCAGCUCAUCAGCUUCCACUCUAAGUGGGCGUUUGUCACCUAUUCUUGCUGAAGGAGAACCAGAAGAACCAGAAGAGGGAGGCCUGUCCUGUUCUACCUCCCCUCAUCUCUACCCCUCACCAACCAGUGCCCGGUCUCCAUCCAUGGCAGCAGGGAAUCAUUGUCCUCCUCUUGAGCAGCUGCCUCAGCUGGCUAAUCUCACAGGUGCCAUCAGUUUGGAUGAGCCAAUGAUGGAAGAUGGAUAUCAUCAUCAUCGUUCACAGCAGCAACACCAGCAGCAUUCAGCUGUUGGGAGGCAUAAGCACCAAACCUCUGUGUACCACUACAACUCUGGAUUGAAGGGGCAGGCCUCUUAUGGUGCAGGAUAUGGUGUGACAGGCAUGAGUAUGCUUCAUCAUCAUUCACCCAUGCAGACCAUUCAGGAGAACAAGCCAGCCAGUUUCUCUGGAACUAUGCUAGCAUACUCCAGCACAAAUGCGUUGCAAAGUCUAUUAACAGGUGGUUCAGCUGGGCAACAAUACUGUUCCAAGGACAUGAUGAUGGGACAGGAGAGGAAAGGGCAUCCGAUGAUGGGUCAAGCAACAAAUGGAACAGGAUCCAACCAUAAUAGCCACAACCCUGUCCAUCAUAAUGACCACAGCCACACUGGAGCUCACAGCCAUAACAGAACUCACAGCCAUACUCCUAAUCAUAACUGCAACAAUGUAACCAGCCACAACUCACCUCACAGCCUCGCUCACAAUAGUCACAGUCUCAGCCGGAGCCAUAACCACACCCCACCCCAAGUGGCACCCCUGACCCCACGCGGAAACAGCAAUCAGUUACAGACUUAUAAUCACAAAUCCCCCUACCUGUACAGUCCCCCAUCGCACGCCCACCUCCCUGCUUCGACUACUCUUCCACCGAACCCUGCAGGUAUGCUUGGCAUGCCCCAGGACUCCUGCCAUGUGGCCACAACCCCACACCCUCGUCACAAUCAUUACCCAGACUCACAACACCAGGGCAUGACUAACGGACUAUACCACCAUGCUCAGGGGAUGGGAAACGGUAGUGUUGGUACAAACUACCACAGCUAUCAUCAACCUUACCACGAGAGACUACCAGCUGAUCUGGACAUUGACAUGUUCCAAGGUAGCUUGGAUUGUGAUGUAGAGUCUGUACUCCUCCAUGACAUUAUGGACUCUGGAGAAGAGAUGGACUUUAAUUUUGACUGCUCCCUCGCCCAGGGAGUUGGCAUUGGCAUGGGCAUGGGAAUGGGUGUGACUGUGGGCAUGGGGAUGGGAAUGGGCAGUCUAUCUGGUUCACAACAAGCCCAUAGCAACCAGAGCUGGGUGCCUGGCUAAAGUCAAAGGUGACACAUCAGACAUCUUUUUAACUGACUACCCCACCCAUCAAGCACUGUGUUCAUGUGUAACAUUCCUGACUUGACACAGAAUACAGGACUAACAGUCCCUUGUCCUUUUGUUGUCUUUGCAUUUGUAUUUUAUUUAAAUCUCCCAUUCAUAGAGAGAUAUGGUUCAUGUCAGAUUAGGUUUUUUUCAUAUCAGUCGUACUGUGAUGACAAUCUCUCAGCUGUGCUUGCCCAACGUUGCUUCUCAUCUGCCAUGAGAACUGAACUUUGAAUGCACUUUAUUGUAAGUGGGUCACAUCUCACGGUGCAAUGCCUUCACAGAGCAGCUCAGGCAGAGCUUGGCAUGUUUUGUAAGGUGGCUACAAAAUUUGACAGAACCAGAAAAAAAAAUCCAUAAGCUUCAUAAAUUUAAUUUCAUACAGUUUUUCCAAAUUUGUACAACCUAUAAUCUACAAUUAACUCAAUUUUAUACAUUUUAAUUAACUAGAGUCCAGUUUAGCAGUUUACCAACUGACAAAAAAGUAUCUAUUUACAUAUUUAUAGUUUAAAAUUAUUUAUUUUUAGUUGCUCAAUGAUUUACAGCUUUCUGCACAAAGUCCUUGGUGCUUUGACUUUUCUUAUAGGUGCAAUUUUUUAUUUACACCCCAUUGAUAUUGGUCGGAGAAUAUAAUCAGUCAUUAAAUGGAUGCCAUCAUUAGUGGCUGGCAUGCAAUUUGGUGAAUUAAAAUGUUGUAUCACUUUGUCUCACCUGGGCUUUGCAUGGUGGUUUGUCGCUCUCUCCCCCUGUCCAUAAGUGGAGACAAAGCGACCAUUCUUCACACCAAGCCAUCAAUGUGACCUGAUUGAAAUUCAGCAUCUUGCUUUUAAUCUGCAAAGUGAUGCGGCAGCAAUGUGUCAUCAUUGAGAAUCCAACACGCUGUCCUCUCUUCUAUCACCCCUGCUUGUCCAGGCCACUGCUUGCCUCUCCAAACACAUUGCGCCAAAAAGCAGUCAGACAAAAUGGUGAUUAAUGCCAAGUCAAUCUGCCUGCUGUCCUGCACUGCGAAGAGCCAAUCUCACUGUUCGAAGCCUCCUCAGAAACGGAAAACAAAAGAAAGCUGGAGACAAUGAUAGUACAAAAGUCUGUUGUGUUAGUAAGAUCAUUUUUUUAGGUUUCCAUGCUUCUUGAAUAUGUGUGUCUAAAACAGGAAGUAAUAUUGUAAAUCAUCUCCAUUAUCUGUGUUCUGUUUGCUAUAACCUGAGCUUUAAGCACUUCAACAGCAGCAAAGGGGACAUCUAACAGCAGGUUUGAGCAGCACGAGUCCACAUCAUCCAGAGGUUGUUUCACCACAAAGCCAUCUGCAUCCACAUUUAGUGUAUUUAUUCUGUUGUCUUGUAGUUGAUGUUGUGUUGUUGAAGUUACAAGGACCGAUGAGGACAUAACUGAAAUAUCCAUAAUGUAAGGAUUGCAUUCAUUGGUGAAACGAUGCUGGUAUAGUGCAGUAUGACCUUCCUGAGCUCCAAUAGUGAGCACGUCUUUUAUUUGUGCUCUGCCCAGUUGUUUCUGUGUUUGUGAGUGGGGGAGUCUGCUGCUUGAUUUUCACUGGCCUUGAGAUAAAAUAAAAAAGAAUAAAAGAAAAAAAAAAAAGAGGACCCCCCCCCCCAGUCUCUAGUUCCCUCAAGGAGACUCUCGGAUCUAUACUGCACAAAAAAAAAAAAACGUAUUCG